AUGUCAAACUUCUGGAAUACCACAUCUACUUCCAUCAUUUUCCUCCUAACUGGUGUUCCCGGGCUGGAAGCCUUCCACAUCUGGAUCUCCAUUCCCUUCUGCUUUCUCUACAUAACCGCUCUCUCAGGAAACAGCCUGAUCCUCUUUGCCAUUGUCACCCAGCCCAGCCUCCACAAACCCAUGUAUUAUUUCCUCUCCAUGCUGUCCACCACUGACCUCGGCCUGUCCAUAUCCACCCUGGUCACCAUGAUGGGUAUAUUCUGGUUCGAUGCCAGGGAGAUCAGCUUUAAUGCCUGCUUGUUACAGAUGUUCUUUAUUAAACUCUUCACUGUCAUGGAAUCCUCAGUGCUGUUGGCCAUGGCCUUUGAUCGUUUUGUAGCCAUCUCUAAUCCACUCAGGUAUGCCACCAUUUUAACUGAUUCCAGAAUAGCUCAAAUUGGAGUGGCAAUUGUCAUCAGAGGGACACUAAUGCUGACACCAAUGGUUGCACUUCUUAAAAGACUGUCCUUCUGCCGCAGCCACGUGCUUCACCACUCCUACUGCUUCCACCCUGAUGUGAUGAAGCUCUCAUGCACAGACACCAGGAUCAACAAUGCAGUUGGAUUGACUGCCAUGAUCUCUACUGUUGGUGUGGACUCAAUCUUCAUCCUCCUCUCUUACAUUUUGAUUAUUAAGACCGUCCUCAGCAUUGCAUCCCCAGAAGAGAGGAAGAAAGCCUUCAGCACAUGUAUCUCCCAUAUUGGGGCUGUUGUUAUUUUCUACUUUCCAUUGAUCAGUCUGUCCUUUGUUCACAGAUUUGGGAAACGAGCCCCAGCCUAUGUUCAUACAAUGAUUGCUAACACUUACCUCCUGAUCCCUCCUGUAAUGAACCCCAUCAUCUACAGUGUGAAGACCAAACAAAUACGCAGAGCUGUGAUCAAAAUUAUCUAUUCCAAAGACACAUAGAAUUCUAGAGAUGGCCUAACACUAUCAAUUUAAAAACAAAGCUGAUGAUCAUGAAACAAAAACUUAGAAUUAAAGCUGGAAUAUAUUUAGAACAUCAGCUCAACCCUUUAUUUUACAGAUGAAGAGACAGAGACAUAAGAAUAGAAGGAAUGAGCAGUAUGAAGCCUUAAGUCUAUCAUUUCUCCCAUCCAUCACUGUUUGUUCUAAACUGUUGUUUAUCCUGCCAACAAACUGAAUUUUCUGACUUUGUCUACUUUAGAGCAGUUGGUAUGACACAUUAUGAGAAAGCCAUAUCUUUAUG